UCAUCAUAAGAUCCAAGAACCACAACUGGAGCUUGCCCGAAUAUGCACCGCAUGAUCAUUAAACGACAACUCCUUGACCAUUGAUCAAACUUUCAAAACUCACCACCCUCACCCCUAUUUAAUCACUACACCAAAUGCUCAAUUCCUCACCUCUUUGCAUUUUUGAUUUUUCCAACAAAAUGGAGUUCAAAUACCGCGCUACCCAAAACCCAUCAACUCCAAUGUCACAUGCUCAUGCUCAUGGCACCGUCACUUACGUCUCUGCACCCUCGCUACGACAAGGUGGGUUUUCCGUUAAUUUUCCGGCGGGCCUGGCGAAGGCCCAAGAUAUACUGCAGCGAGAGUUGGAAAAGCAACAGAUACGGCGGGAGCUGGAAAAGGAAGAAAUCAGAAGGGAAAUAAUUGCCGCCGAGAUGGCUCGACGCCGUGAACUGGAGGAGGAAGUCAGGAGAGAAAUGGCAUCGGAGAGACCUCUGGGAAUCCCCAUGCAAAGAGGUGAAGGCUUUCAGGUCCCACAUCGAUUUUCAAUGCCUUUGAAUAUAUUCAGUGGGCCCAAACCCCAGUUACACUCCCCACCCCAAGAUUAUACUCCGACCACACAGACUAACAAGGAUAAACUCAUUAUACUGCCUAGGCCAAAAGUUGUUGUUCAAGGUGCAAAGCGUCCAAUGUUGACACCUCCCGCAACUGAUGAGGGUGAGCAUCCUUCACUUAAUCUGCGAAAGAAACCCAAGCAUCAGUUUAGUUGCUCACUCUGUCAGAUUAGCACUACUAGUGAGAAAGGUUUGAAUGAUCAUUUCCAAGGUAGGAAGCACAGAGCUAAAGAAGUAUCACUAAAGCCAAAAAUAGGUUUGGAAGGAAGACUAGAAACCAAAUUAUGCAACCUUCCAUAAAACUCGCAAAUACAAGCAUAUUGGAAUAAGAAAGAGAGGAUCGUUCUAUAAGGAAAAGUUAAGGUUUAGGUGGUCUAGAACUAGAAGAAACAAAUGCAUUGACUACAAGGGAAAAGUUCAAGUUUUGAUAAUGUAACAUCCUCAAAUUUUAUGAAUGAUAUAACUAAUAUAUUUCAUUUUA